UGGCAACCGCGGCGCGACGACGGCGCGCGCGCGGGCUGGGCGCGGACCGGGCGGGGUCGGUUCUGUCUGAGGCUGAGGCUGAGGCUGAGGCGGCGGCGGAGGAGAGGGGGCGGCCGCGGGUAGCAGUGCUGGCUUGCCCGACUUCCCUCCGCCUCGCCGCAAGGUUCUUCGACGCGGUUUCGGGCCCAGUAGACAUAGCCCCUGGCCAUGGACUCCCAGAAAGAAGCUCUACAAAGGAUCAUUUCAACUCUGGCAAAUAAAAAUGAUGAAAUUCAGAACUUUAUUGAUACACUAAAUCAAACACUAAAAGGAGUUCAGGAAAAUUCUUCUAACAUACUUUCAGAGUUAGAUGAAGAAUUUGAUAGUUUAUAUUCUAUUUUGGAUGAGGUGAAAGAAAGUAUGAUUAACAGUAUCAAACAGGAACAAGCUCGUAAAUCACAAGAGUUACAGAGUCAGCUCAGUCAAUGUAAUAAUGCCUUGGAGAACUCAGAAGAACUAUUAGAAUUUGCAACACGGUCAUUAGAUCUAAAGGAACCUGAAGAAUUUUCAAAGGCUGCCAGACAGAUCAAGGAUAGAGUAACAAUGGCUUCAGCCUUUCGCCUUUCUUUGAAACCAAAGGUCAGUGACAACAUGACUCAUUUAAUGGUGGAUUUUUCUCAGGAAAGACAGAUGCUGCAAACUUUGAAGUUUUUGCCAGUUCCUAAAGCUCCAGAGAUAGAUCCAGUAGAGUGUUUGGUGGCUGACAAUUCUGUAACAGUGGCUUGGAGAAUGCCAGAAGAAGAUAAUAAAAUUGAUCAUUUUAUACUGGAAUAUCGGAAAACUAAUUUUGACGGACUUCCACGUGUAAAGGAUGAGCGAUGCUGGGAGAUAAUUGAUAAUAUUAAGGGUACUGAAUAUACACUAUCAGGCUUAAAGUUUGAUUCAAAGUAUAUGAAUUUCAGAGUUCGAGCUUGUAACAAAGCUGUAGCUGGAGAGUAUUCUGAUCCAGUGACUCUAGAGACCAAAGCACUAAACUUCAAUUUGGAUAGCUCAUCAUCCCAUUUGAACCUGAGAGUUGAAGAUACCUGUGUAGAGUGGGAUCCUACAGGAGGAAAAGGUCAAGAAAGUAAAAUGAAAGGAAAAGAGAAUAAGGGCAGUGUCCAUGUUACUUCACUGAAGAAACAUACAAGAAGUGGCACGCCGUCCCCCAAACGGACAUCCAUAGGCUCCAGGCCACCAGCAGGAAGAGGCAGCAGAGAUCGUUUUACUGGGGAAUCAUACACAGUGCUGGGAGACACUGCCAUUGAAAGUGGACAACAUUAUUGGGAGGUCAAGGCCCAGAAGGAUUGUAAAUCCUACAGUGUGGGAGUAGCAUACAAGACUUUGGGGAAAUUUGACCAAUUAGGAAAGACAAACACUAGUUGGUGUGUCCAUGUCAACAACUGGCUGCAAAACACAUUUGCAGCAAAGCAUAAUAAUAAAGUCAAAGCCUUGGAUGUUACUGUUCCUGAGAGAAUAGGUGUAUUUUGUGAUUUUGAUGGGGGUCAACUUUCUUUCUAUGAUGCAAGCUCAAAACAGUUGUUGUAUUCCUUUAAGACAAAAUUUACUCAGCCAGUACUACCUGGUUUCAUGGUUUGGUGUGGUGGACUUUCUUUGAAUACUGGGAUGCAGGUCCCAAGUGCUGUGAGAACGCUUCAGAAAAGUGAAAAUGGAAUGACGGGUUCAGCUAGCAGCCUAAACAAUAUUACUCAGUAAUGCUUACUCAGAAUAUAUUUCACCCCCUUUGGGUGGCCUUUUCUGUGCAGUUACUAAUCACAGAAAUUUACAAGUGGUGGAAAUCAGGUUUGCUACCUUCUGCUUUAAGGCCUGGGAUGUGUUAGCAUUAAGCAUCUAGUACCAAGUACUCACGGGAACCUACUGUGCAGUAGCAUCAAGCAAGCAGAUUCUGAGCAAGAAACUGAUGUUUCGAAGAGCAAAUGGGAAGAAAGGCAGUGUUUAAAUAGUUACAUAGAAACUCAUUUUUGUGUUUCUUGGAUUACUUUGGCUCUCCUAAAAUGUUUAGUUAGUAUGUAGCCCUAGGACCUGAGAGGAAAGCAUUUAAAUCUUGUCUUCUUUCCCCUGUACUUUCUCUUUAUCUUGUCACUACCUAUUAUUAGGUUCUUACACUGAAGCUUCAAAAUUCAAAAAUACAGUCUUCUAAGGUUGUCUAAAAAUCGAAAUCAUUGGUUGGGGAUGCUAGAAAUGUUUUCUUAAUUGUUGUCCUUUCGUAAAGAAGUUGAGUUUUGCUAAAUUAUCCUCUUUUGUUUUACUGACUAGAUUGUUUAUCAUUUUCUCUUUUCCAAAUAUUGUGACAUUUCUCUUAUUUGAGUUAAAACUCAAAAUAGAGUGGAUAGGAAGAGUUUAGCUUAAAAUCACCCAUACAUUAGUUGUCGCUGUUGUUGUUUUUAACCUGCUGCACUAACAGUGGCAAAGGGAUAUUCUUUAUAUGUUGCCUUGUUUAAUUAGACUUCUUUUCAUUCCAUCAUUUUGGAUGAUGGAUAAGAUUUUUUAAAGCUUUCUAUUUUCUGAUUUUGUUGUCACAUUUAGUACUACCUUUAAUAGUUGUCUUGGUAAAAUUCUCACUUGAAUUUGGUAGUAAUUGAUAAUUAUACUGAUUUUUAAUAUUUCUAGUAGGAAUGAAAUUUUAUUAAAGUUUAAAAAAAGGUAGAAAAACCUACAUCAUUUAAGUUUUAUCUAAGAAGAUAGGUUAUAAAGGGAGGUGCCUAAAACUACUGAGGUCAUUUAUGUCUGCUUUUUAAUAAGGUAUGGAAUGGUUUAAACAAGUGUUUUGAAAAAUGUCUACAUAUCUCUGACUUAUUUACCAUAUAAGUUUUUCAAACGUAACUAUUCAGAGGUUAUUUUUCACAUUUGCCUUCCAAAGGGGUAUAAUUCUUCCAAAAAUCAUCAUAGAAUAAUCCUUCCCAACCUUAGGGAAAAUAUGUUAAACCGUGAAUAAAACCCAUAGUUAUUGAGCAGAACAUACCUAUUUUUUAAAAGUUGGUUAAAAUUUUUAAUACAAGUUCUUUGAGCCAAACUGAAAGUUGCGAUUUCAGUAUUUAAGAACUCCUUGAACGUUUUAGGUGGUCUCUGGAAUUUACUUUCUCAUGUUGACCUUUUUUCAUUCUUAUUUUAAGGGUAUUAUGCUCUGACAACCUUCUCCCAAGAAGGGACUAUUGCUGCUUACAUCUGAGCUGCCUUUUACAGAAAAACCUGUGAAAUAGUAAUAGCUCAUUCUCUCCUCAAGUUUACUGUUUACUGAUAUAGGGUGUUUUGUUUUUUGGUAAAACAGACCUAAAUGAGGAAUUUUGUUUGAAUUAGGUAUUAUUUUUCCAGAGGGCAUUUAUAUCUGCACCAUUGUCUCAUGACAUAUUGGUAGUUUUUAAAGACUAUAAGGCAGUUGAGAGAAUGAAGUAUGUCAACAGAUAUCCUUUUGAUUCUCCAAACAACUAUAAUAUUGGGUUUUGUUCUUCCUAAAGAUUUUGAAAAAUUUUUGGAUAUUCUGUUCCCUACAGUGGUGUUAUUCCAGGACCUAAGAAACAGGAAGUUACAAUUCUCUUUCAUAGAGUCAAAUCUGAAAUUAGUAAUUUAGUGGUGGAGCUGCUUUAUGUGAACAAUUACACAUGUAUAGUUUAGCAAAAUUGACACAGAAAAAGCCAGAAGUUCUUGUAUAAAAUUUUUUACUAUUACGUCUUAUGUAAUUGUGUCUUCUCUUUAAUUCAGUGCCUUCUUCCUCUAAGUGUGCUCUUACUUCAUGCCCCCUGCAGCGUCAACUGAUAAUUUAAGCCAGAGACCAUUAUGUUAUACUGGUGAGGGCCUUCUAUUGCAGGUGUAUGGAGCAGAGGAUUAAUCAGGGGCUGGAGGAGUGCAUAUGCUUCUAUUCUGUGCUCAUGCCAUCAUUUGAAACCCUUCAUUUAAAUUUUUUAAUAUACAUUUGGAAAAUUCAUUUGAAGUAAUAACAAGUAUUACUUCAAAAUAAAAAUCUGAGGUUUUUCUGUUACUAUGUAUGCUUCUUAAAGGUCUCUAUAAAGAACAAAAGUUUUAAGUUUAUAUGUGUUAAGUUAAACUGGAAAAGUCUGCCACCCUCCUUUUCAAACUAGAAAAUAAUCAACUGUAGUGCCUAUUUAAAUAGUAUCAAAUUAAGGUAACUCUUGACCAUAAUAUAUAACAUUCUCAAUGUCAUUUGAAUUAAAAACUAUUGAGCCUUUUUGCUCAAAUUUAAUGCAUUGUGGGAAGAUGGUAUACCCUUUCAGACUUUAUUAGUUUGUUUACUCUUUGUUUUGACAGGUCAAACAUGAUUGCUUUCUGUAAAAGAAAUGCAUGAGAGGUUGACGGUAAUAGAUGUGUUACAGGUAUAAAAAUUGUUUUAUAAAAACGUGCAUUUGAUAUUGCAUUUCUCUUUUAGCAGUUGAAUCCCAAACCAGUUUUAGUAAACUGGGUUAAAGAAAUGAAGGAAUUGCCUUAAGCACUUUAGAAAAAAAAUUUUUUUACAAUUCAUUUUGACUCUUUGGGCUUACUCUGUCACCUAUGUGUUUAACUUUUGGUAAAUAUGUAUAUAUGAAGCAUUUAAUAACUGAGUGCACAUAGAAAUUUAAUAUACAGUGAUUCUUUGAAUGUCCCAGGCAUAGGUAAACAAAUUAAAAGUAUUAGAGGCGUGCCUGUCUGUACAUGGGUUUUAUUGAUGGCAUCUGUACCGUGUUGACAAACCGUUAACUGCCACUGUACAGCUAGACUUGGCCUACUUUGUUCUGCAAACAGUAACUUUUUCCUGUGUUAUCAUUUAAAGAAACAUAUUGGGUUAGUUUUAUUUACUCACUUAUUAAAUUAAAGUAUGAACAGUGUCAUGUAUAAUUGGAAUUUUUGGUGACCGAUCUUUGGUGGUACAAAUAAUAAAAGUAAAUAAUUUGUAAUGAAAUAUUAUAAUUAAGCUCACAUACUCCAUUUCAUGACUUACCCAGAAUGAUUAUUUUUUCUCAAUACUUGUAAAAUUAUAGUUAUUUUGUUUCUUUUGAAAACAUGAAAAAAUUGACAAAGGAUAUAUAUAUAUAUAUAAUAUAUGAUUUCAAAGAGUAUUAAUUCUGGAAGAGGACACUGUUGACUUCUUACUAUAAAAUAUUAUGAUUCCAGGCUAAAAAUACUAAGGACUAUACUUUCAAAUCAUUGUAAUUCUUUUAAAAACCCCAUAUUUAUUAGAUCAGUGUCCAUUCAUUGGCUAAUUCAUACAACAGAUAAAUUUAAGUGUCUGUGAUACGGCAGCCGUACUUUGUAUCUGGAUUUCCACAAUUAGUGAAGUUUGAUUUACUGUACAUAUAGUUUUGCUACUUUUGAGUAAUGUGACAAAGUUUGCAUCUUAAAAACAAUGUUUCUGCUAGUAAGUCAAAUUUUAAAAAAUAAAUUAUUAAAGUUUAUAAAAAAUUCAAAUUAACUGCAUUAAUAUGGUUCAGUUUUACAUAGUCACAUAAAAUGGAUCUAGAACAGUUUCUUCCUUGAUUUUAUUUUAAACUGGAUAUAUUCUUUUAGGGAAGUGUAUGGUCAGCAUAAAUUUACUCAACACCCAAGUAACCAUAAAGUUAUUUGCUAUUUUUAAACAAAACAUACAUUUCAUAAUGUCAGUACUAGAACAUUAUAAUAGAUCAUGAAUAGUUCCUUAAUCAUUACAGAAUGAUUACCUCAUGUUCAGUAUGGUUUUAAAAACCUUUUAUGUGUAUCUUACAGUAUUCACAUUAUACAAAUAUUUGUGACCUGACAUGCUUUGUUACCUGGAAUAUUUGAUUAAUGUAAAUACUUAAGCUUUUUGAGUAAUUUGGAGUUUAAAUGGAUUGCGUUUCCUAUAUGUUGUUUUUAUUGAAAAGAUAUUGUUGGACUUGCCAUAUAAAGAUUAGUACUGGCUUAUAAAUAACAGAGAUUGCCAUAGUACUUUUCUCCUCAGACUAUCCAAUUAUUAAAUUAAAACAGUAUUUGUUAUUUCUGGGUCAGUAUAAGGUACUCACUUUUGAUUCAUAAUCAUUUGAGCUUUGUUAGUUUAAACUGAUACAUAUUCUUAAUGAUACCCAUUCACUCUAAGUUGGUCCUUGGGAAUGGGCAUUUAGAGGAUUUCACAGUAUGUAGGGCAGAAGGUGGGUGAAUGUGUUUGCUUUGGCUUGGAGCUUUAUAAGUUUGGACCAGUUUUAAAAUAAGUCAAAUUUUAAGUGAUUGGUAAAAGGCAUUUCUGUUAGUAUUGGAAAUUUUUUGAGAGCCUAAGGGCUGUAAGAAUGCAUAUGUAUUUUAACAUUUUCCUCUAAGGUACCAAAGCACGGAGUCUCAUUUACCACUUAAGGGAGACUCUUUAAAAUAAAAUUUAUAACUAAUUCAUACUAUAAGACAUAUAACAAUUAAAGUUUUGGAACAACUUACAUUAAAAACCACUAGUCUUUAAGAUUUCUGGAUAUAAAAAGUAUUUUGGUUUCACUUCUUUUAAAGUAAUUAAAUUCAAAAUUAAUCGCUUUCUACCAUAUACUGAGUAGAUCUAUGACCUCAGCAUAGUAAAUCAUUUCUCAUCUUUGGGCCUCCACUGCCUUACAUAAAAUAAUUAUAACUUGUUCAGCUUACCUCCCAGGGCUGUCGCGAGAAAUAAAAUGAAAUGGAGUAUGUGAAGUUGCUUCAACAGUAAAAUGCUAUGUAAAUGUAAGGCGUUAUUUUCAGUGAAUAAUGGAUUUAAGUGUUGGGUACUUCUAGAUGUUCUUUCUUUUAAUAGAGCAUGUGCUUAAAGUGGUA